AUGGUAAAUCCUUUUGAGGAGUUCAAUCCAUUUCUUGAGAGCGCCGACCCUCAAAGGAAAAAAAAUGAUACCCAGAGUCCCUUUGAGGAAGAACCAUUGUCAGCAUCUCCAACCCCACUUCAAACUCCAAAAAAGACAUAUUACGGUACUGACAGUCCGUAUUCGAGGCGCUCGCCUGAUGUAUUCACAAGAAGCAAUGCCCAUAUUCCUCAAGGACCUGCUCUAUUCGCAGAAACGGAAGUUCCUCACUUACCAUAUGAACAUUCCAAGACGCCAAGGGCAAAAUACACAUCUCGGGAAAGUCCGAAAAGAGGCGCACAUAGAGGAAUAACCAUUGAUGAUUAUCCUGAGGAGCAAGUUUCUCCUUCACGACUUGAAAUUUCCGCACGGAGCUCUCAUAGAAGCGGGAGAAUCUUGGAACCACCAAAACCUAUUUUUACUCGAGAAACGUUCGAUGAAGCUAACUCCAACACGAACGAUGGAUCUGAUAUGAGUACUUUGAACUCAGACAAUAACAACAACUAUGCACAUAAAUUAUACCAAAAAGAGUUCGAGGCUAUGGAGGGCUUCUCUGACGAAGAGACCAUACGUUCUGGAGAAUCGCGUCACUCUGGCAAUCCUGAGAGUGAGUAUUUCGGAGCUUCGAUUGACCAUGACAUGAUGAAGAACUUGAAGAAUGGCUAUGUGCCUCCACUUCAAAAAGAACUACACAAGCGGAAAGUGCGUGUGGUUGGCCAGUCAGGUAAUCUUGUUCUCGAAAAUAGAAUUCCAGAUGAAUUGAAGAAAGUGCUUACACGUACGGAAUCCCCCUUUGGCGAAUUCACCAACAUGACCUAUACCGCUUGUACUUCGGAACCGGAUGAGUUUGUGAAAGACGGUUUUACCUUGAGAGCCGCAAAGUAUGGCAGAGAAACAGAACUCAUCAUCUGUGUCACAAUGUACAACGAAGAUGAAAACUCAUUUGCUCGUACAAUGCAUGGAAUUAUGAAAAAUAUUUCCCACUUAUGUUCCAGAUCCAAAUCGUCUACUUGGGGUAAAGACUCAUGGAAAAAGGUUCAAGUUAUAAUCAUCUCUGAUGGACGCAACAAAGUCAAUGCCUCUGUGCUUCAACUAUUGACGGCGACGGGAUGUUACCAAGACAAUUUAACAAGACCUUACGUUAACAACAAGAAAGUGCGGGCUCAUAUCUUCGAGUAUACAACACAAAUCUCCAUUGACGAAAACCUCAAGUUCAAAGGUGAUGAGAAGAACUUGACACCAGUUCAGGUGAUGUUCUGUUUGAAGGAGCUGAAUCAAAAGAAGAUCAACUCGCACAGAUGGCUCUUCAAUGCGUUCUGUCCUGUCUUGGACCCCAAUGUUGUUGUUCUUUUGGAUGUUGGAACAAAGCCUGACAACCAUGCCAUUUACAACAUGUGGAAAGCCUUCGAUAGAGAUUCCAACGUUGCAGGAGUUGCUGGUGAAAUUGUUGCAAUGAAGGGUAAGGGAUGGGUUAAUUUGAUCAACCCAUUGGUUGCCUCCCAAAAUUUCGAAUAUAAAAUGUCUAACAUUUUGGAUAAGCCGUUGGAGUCCGCGUUUGGGUACAUUUCAGUGCUUCCCGGUGCCCUUUCAGCUUACAGAUACAUCGCAUUGAAGGAUCAUGAUGAUGGCACGGGGCCGCUCAAUUCAUACUUCAAGGGUGAAGACUUGUUGACAAACCAUCACGAACGUAAUUGCAAAACAAACUUCUUCGAAGCGAAUAUGUACUUGGCGGAAGAUAGAAUCUUGUGCUGGGAGUUAGUUGCAAAGAAAAACGAGAGUUGGGUUUUGAAAUUUGUCAAACUGGCAACGGGUGAGACUGAUGUUCCCGAGUCUGUUCCUGAGUUUUUGUCUCAGAGAAGAAGAUGGAUGAAUGGUGCCUUCUUUGCUGCAUUGUACUCCUUGAGACAUGCCAACAAAAUUUGGUACACAGACCAUUCAUACACCCGAAAGAUGUUCUUCUGUCUCGAGUUCUUCUAUCAGUUCAUCAAUUUGGUGUUUUCCUUUUUCUCAUUGAGUCAUUUCUAUUUAACGUUCUACUUCCUUACCGGGUCCUUGGUCAGUGACAAACAUAUUGGAGCCGGAGGAUUCUGGAUAUUCACAAUCUUCAACUACCUAUGCAUAUGUGUCUUGACUUCUGUUUUUGUUGCAUCUAUUGGCAAUCGUCCACAAGCGUCUAAGAACAUUUUCAAGACUCUAAUGAUCUUACUUACUGCCUGUGCUUUGUAUGCUAUGGUGGUAGGAUUCUAUUUCGUCAUCAACGCUAUUAAAGAUUUUGGUAAGAGCGAGGUGUCAACUUAUGUGUUUGUGAGCAUUGUUGUAUCGUUGCUUGCCACAUAUGGGCUUUACGUUCUCAUGUCGGUGCUCUAUCUUGAUCCCUGGCAUAUGAUCACAUGCUCCAUUCAAUACUUUUUGAUGAUCCCAUCAUACACCUGCACUCUUCAAAUUUUUGCAUUCUGUAAUACCCACGAUGUUUCUUGGGGUACCAAGGGUGACAACAACCCCAAAGAAGAUAAGACCAACCAGUACAUCAUUGAAAAGAAUGAAGAGGGUGAGUUCGAGGCCAUCGUCAUGGACUACAAUAUUGACGAGGUUUACUUAGAGACACUCUACAGCAUUCGGGCAAAGAGGUCAAACAAAAAGGUCAAAGCCACAGAGUCUGCUCCUCAAGUCCUUGAUGGAGAGGACUACGCAAAGAAUGUCAGAACAAAGGUCGUGUUCAUUUGGCUCUUGAGUAACUUGGUAUUCAUCAUGACAAUGUUACAAGUCUACGAACCCGGCGAAACCAGCAGAAACUACUAUUUGGUGUUCAUUUUGUGGUUGGUGGCCAUCUUAGCUUUGAUCAGAGCGCUUGGUUCCAUGGCAUAUCUCUUGCAAAACUUGGCCCGGAAAAUUGUCGAAACGAGCAGCAAGUUUUCCCACAAAAGAAAUGGAUAUGCCGCUGCGGCAGUCAAUUCGCUUAAUUAA